AUGGUGUCUCCUGCCAUCGCUCUGGCCUUCAUCCCCCUCCUGCUGACACUGCUCAUCAGGUACCGUUACUACUUUGUGCUGUUCUAUCGGGCCGUCCUGUACAGGAUAUGGAAGGACUGUACGACUGGUCUGAGUCGAGAGGAACGGGUCUACCAGUACGUUCUUACUCAUGCCAUCCCCGGAGACCCUGAAAGCAUCCUGGACGCCUUCGACGCCUGGUGCAGCAAGGUGGAGUUCAUCAGCAACAUUGGGCCUAAGAAAGGGAAGGUCCUGGACCGGCUGCUGAUGAACCAGAGUCCUUUGACUGUGCUGGAGCUGGGGGCCCACUGCGGGUACAGCACGGUGCGGAUCGCCCGAGCUCUGCCCCUGGGCGCCAGGCUCUACAGCAUCGAGAUGGACCAGAGGAAUGCCGCUAUCGCAGAGAAAAUCGUCCGGCUGGCAGGAUUUGAUGACGACACAGUGGAGCUCAUUGUGAAUCCAUCAGAUGAAGUCAUCCCUCGGCUGCGGUCUGACUACGGUUUGGAGCGUCUGGAUUUCGUCUUCAUGGACCAUUGGAAGAAAUCCUACUGUCCUGAUCUGCAGAUGCUGGAGGGCUCUGGUCUGCUGGGGAAAGGGUCUAUGAUCGUGGCGGACAACGUGCUGUUUCCCGGGGCGCCAAAGUUCCUCAGACACAUUCGUAAGAGCGGCCUUUAUGAGUGGAAGAUCCACCGGGCCAUGCUGGAGUACAGCAAGGGCAUCAGGGAUGGCAUGGCUGAGCUGGUCUACCAGGGAAUCAAGUAAACGAUGCAGACUGGCAAAUCACACUAUUACACAGAUACAUAUUUUGGAGAGGGAAGGGAUGAAAUGAUGAUGGUGAACCUGAUGUUAAAACUGUCUUUGAUGAAGAAUGUGAUUGUAAAGAUAACUGUACAUUUUUUUGCAAAAGAAAAGUCGCAUUCACCUGAAAACUGGAGAAUCAACUUUUAUAGAUCUCAACUCCACUCAGACAGCGCCCUCCCCUGGGCAACAAAUGUAAAAACAAAAGAGAUGAUCUUUGUCACUUGAUAA